AUGUUAUCGAUUAAUAGCUCGUUUUAUUAUUACACAGUUCUCAUAAUUUUAUUAUCUGUAUUUCAUUUUUUAAAUGUAGCAUGUAAAACUGAAGAAUCAGUUGUACCAUCGAAUAUUGUUUCAAUAAGUAAAUUUAUCAAAGAAUUUCAUAAAAAACUUGAAGAUGGCUCAUACCCUUCGAUUAAAUCAGAAGGAAAUGAGAGGGAAUUCCCUACACUGAUUGAAAACAUUUCGUUCUAUGCAAUAAAAGGUGAAUUACCCGAAAGAAACUACUCUUCAUUGGUUAAAUGUACUCAAAAAACUAUUGGAACUCUUUCAGUAGAACUGGUUGAUUCAGCAAGACUAUCUGUGCUUCUAUCGGCUGAUCCAAAUGUGACUUCUCGCUUAGUUGAGGGACCUUGCCUAGCACUUUUAUUUUAUUCACCAAACUGCCCAUUUUCUUGUUUAGCUGCACCACAUUUUAAUGCGCUUCCUAGAGCAUUUCCGAUGAUCAAAAUGGCAGCAAUCAAUGCUAUUCAACAUCAAGCAUUUAAUACACAAUUUGGAAUUGCUGGAGUACCAACUCUUAUGCUUUUUCACAACGGCAAAGCGGCAGCAAAGUUUAAUGACACUGAUUAUACUCUUGAAAUGUUUGUGAAAUUCAUCACAAGGAUCACUGGUAUGAAACCAGAAGAAAAAAUGUUCGUGAGGUCAUCCGAUCUAGGAGGGCCUGUUCCUACAAUCUUAGUCAAGGAAACUGAUUAUGUUCUGGGUCUUGCUUGGGCUGUAAUUAUUCUUGCUUUAGCUUACGGAAUUACUCGUCUUCAACGCUGGCACGCUUUCAUUGAAUCUGUUGCUGCAGUAUGGCGUGAAUCAAAUCAUGAACACACAGACUGA